CCCUCCCUCCCUGUUUUCCCUCUCCCUGUUUUCCCUGUCUCCCUGUUUUCCCGGGCAGGCGACGCUCUGCUGGACGCGGGUGAGUCCAUGAAGCGCCUGGCUGAGGUGAAGGAUUCCCUGGACAUCGAGGUCAAACAGAACUUUAUUGAUCCCCUGCAGAACCUCUGUGACAAAGACCUGAAGGAGAUCCAGCACCACCUGAAGAAGCUGGAAGGGCGGCGCCUGGACUUCGACUACAAGAAGAAGCGCCAGGGGAAGAUCCCGGACGAGGAGCUCCGACAGGCCAUGGAGAAGUUUGAGGAGUCCAAGGAGGUGGCAGAGACCAGCAUGCACAACCUGCUGGAGACUGAUAUCGAGCAGGUGAGCCAGCUCUCGGCGCUGGUGGACGCCCAGCUGGACUAUCACCGCCAGGCCGUGCAGAUCCUGGACGAGCUGGCCGAGAAACUCAAGCGCAGGAUGAGGGAGGCCUCCUCCCGCCCCAGGCGGGAAUACAAGCCCAAGCCCAGGGAGAGCUACGACUUCGGAGAGAGCGACCAGUCCAACGGGGGCUUCUCCUGCAACCCCACCCCCAAAGUCUCAGCUUCCUCCUCUUUCCGGUCGGACAAACCUUCCCGGGCCUCCGUCAGGAGUAUCCCCCCCCUGGACCAGCCCUGCUGCAAAGCCCUGUACGACUUCGAGCCGGAGAACGACGGCGAGCUGGGCUUCAAGGAGGGCGACAUCAUCACCCUGACGAACCAGAUCGACGAGAACUGGUACGAGGGGAUGAUCCACGGCCACUCCGGCUUCUUCCCGCUCAACUACGUGGAAGUGCUGGUGCCGCUACCUCAGUGAGCCCCCCCCGCCAUUCCCGCCUUUCCCGCCAUUCCAGCCACCGCCAGGGAACAACCAGAAGGGUCCCCCUCGGCCCCUUCCCUUCCCCCCCUCGGGAAUUUGGGGGUUUUGGUUUUUUUGUUUUGUUUUCUGUGUUUUUCGGGGUUUUUUUUUUUGUCCUCCUGGUGCUUGAACUUCGGUACUUUGCUCGUCCUCUCUCCCCCCACACACACACACACACCCCGGCACGGGCCUCUCUCCCUUCUCCAG